AUGAAUCUCAGCAUUGUUGCAGUUGUGCUCAUGAUCUCUGUAUCAUUCAAUCAAGUCCUUGGUACACCCAUGGAAGAUUUGGCAAGUGAAAAUGUAGCUGCAGCAGUUGGAGAUUGUUUUGUCACACAUGGUGGGGAUGAUGUAGGCUCUGGUCGUUCAGAGGACUCAGAGCUGGACUAUUACUGUUCCGUUUGUAAAGUAGAUCGUGCCAGGAACCCCUGUGGUGUGUGUGCAAAUCCAACCAAAAAGAAUUAA